GGUCACCUGUUGCAUUUUUACUUUUUGCUAUGAUUUAUACAGGAAGCAAAAGUUUACAAUUUCUUGCAAUUCCUAUAUAUACCAUAUUCAAGAAUUUAACGAUCAUUUUUAUUGCCUACGGUGAAGUAUUAUGGUUUGGGGGCUCAGUGACAAGAUUAAUGAUGACAAGUUUUCUAUUGAUGGUAUUUUCUUCAAUAAUAGCAGCUUCAUCCGAUUCAGUCAAUACAGUAAAAUUAAAUACAUUUUCUUCAAUUGAUUUUGGUUAUAUAUGGAUGGCUUUAAAUUGUAUUUCUUCGGCUGCAUUUAUUUUAUUUAUGAGGAAAAGAAUUAAAUCAACCAAUUUUAAGGAUUAUGACACUGUAUAUUAUAACAACACAUUAUCAAUUCCAUUAUUGGUUUUCAUGAGUUUAAUUAUAGAAGAUUGGUCUUACACUAAUUUAGAAAAAAAUUUUCCGAUUGAGGUUCGACAUACAUUAAUAAUAUCAAUUCUAUUCUCUGGAAUAUCAGCAUUUACAAUUUCUUAUGCUUCUGCAUGGUGUAUUAGAGUUACCUCAAGUACCACUUACAGUAUGGUUGGUGCAUUAAACAAAUUACCAAUGGCUGCAAGUGGAAUGAUUUUUUUUGGUGAUCCUACAACCUUUGGAAGUGUAUCUGCCGUUCUUGUUGGAUUUUUUUCUGGAGUUUUGUAUUCAAUAGCAAAAAAAGAACAACAAAGAGUUGUUAUUGUUGACACUAAAAUCAUUAAUGAUAAUACAAUAACUAAAUCUCAUCAAAAUACAAAUGAUCCAAUAAUAGAUGAAAAAUAUAUUGAUCACACAGAAAAUUCAACAGCUAUAACAAUAGAAGAUGACAAAAGCAAUGAAAUCAAUUAG